AUGCAUCAUAAUUCUACAAGCUACAAAUUCUUUACAAAGAGUAAUACAUGUAAUAAUACAGAAGAUGAUUCGAGAUAUUCCAUUAUAGGCUUGUACGACUACGAUGCUGUUUUAAAAUCAACAAGUUAUCUCACUCUUCUCCUUGAAUAUAAACAGAUGAACUCAUAUCAAAUAUGGCGCCAAAAUACAUCACUCCUUUCUAAUGAACCAAGACAAUACACUAAAAUUUCAGGAGAUAUAUGGGAAAAAUUUACUGGUUUAGCAAAAUCUGAUAAAUAUAACUGUUUAGACUUUACAGGUAUAAACCCUCAUUAUUAUUUUAGCAUUGGCACAUAUGAUCGUUCAUAUGGUUCUCAUAUUCCUGGUCUUAUUUAUCAAUCACUGCAUCACUAUGUUUAUUUUGCAGAUUUAUGGAUUCAACUCAAGGAAUAUAAACCAUCUUGUCGCCAAACAGCAUAUUCUCUAAAUAUUUUUAUUUUGUCUUUAACUCCAUUUAAUUUAAUAUGA